AUUCGCAUAUUUUUCAUAUGAAAAAUUACUGGCAAUCGUCCAAAUUACUCACACAAAAUGUCCAAAGUUUGAUGAACGUGGUUUUUGACAAAUUUAUUUAAUAUUAAAAAUCUUUUUUAAUUAUCUAAUCAAGUGCUCUAAUUAUCCUUGAAACAAUGAAACAAAAAGCCUCGUUGAAAUCCCCAUCGCGAGAGAAGGAUAAUGUUUCACCUGGCAAAGCACCGAGUCCAGAGCCUGCUGGCACAACUACUGGUACAGAGCCACCCAGCUCUUAUCACUACACUGGCCGCAUGAAAGAAAUCGUCCAAGCUUAUAAUGCAGCAGCACUUAUUCUACAUCCUAAAUGCCCUUGGUAUGCAUUCCCCGGCUUCUUAACACACGCUCUAGUCCGCCGUUACCAGGCUAACUAUCAAGGAAAAUUCAAGCUUGUCCCAAUUCCGAACAUUCUCUACGAGCUGUUGAUUAAAAACGAAUUCAUAAAAUCUGAACACGUUAUCUUUUCCUCUGAGGAAAUAUUCAAUAAAUAUGCAGAAAAUCGCGAAGCAAAUUUUGUCAAUUUGCUUGUUACCGGGCGGUUGGGAGCAAUUACCACUACUGGAAAUGAAAUCGUUCAGAAAAUGCUCCAAAAAGCUCCCCAAACUAUUGUCACGCAGCUGGUGCCGGUACAGAAUUGUUCAGAGGGUUGCCUCUAUGUCCAAGAGAAUUUCUAUUCGAACUUAAUGGAUCGGUUUCGAUAUAAUCAGGGCUUUUGGGUGGAAUUGGAGCCUUUCUCGGACUCGCAACAAAUUCCGGCGAUUGCCACAAAGGUACACAUCUACAUGCUAAAUAAUCCAUACGAGCUGCCGCCAGAAAUUGUUAAUACGAUUUUGGGAAACUACUUCAAUACGCCGAGGAUCUUGCAUCGCGGUCACACUUAUCGAGUUGAGGUGAAUGCCAAGUUGCUUGGCACGUCUGUCCUUGCGACGUUCUACAACAUAUUUGCCUACCUUAAGUACAUUCAUUUCCGGUGUGUUCAUUUGGAGCUAAAGGGCAGUGAGUUUGAAAUGCAAGCCAUUGUGGCGAGGAACUUUACCAAUCUUAUGCAGAUUCCACAUACUCAUCACUUUUUGCCACGUCAAAUUUUGGAUAACAUUGCAAUUGUAGAGAACUACCCUAGUGGCUUGAGGGAAGCCUAUUCGCUUUUGCGUUCAUCUAUUGAUGCAUUUUUACCAAAGAAAUCUACUUGUCUGUCAUCGAAACAUAUCUACCCUCUGUUUAUGCUCCAGGGGGACCGUGGUUGUGGCAAAACCAAGUUGGUAAAUGCUGUCGCUCAAGACUUGGGUCUGCACUUGUAUGGGGUGGAUUGUGCUGACGUUGUUUCUCUGAUUCCAUCCCAUACUGAGCUUAAAUUGAAGGGGCUCUUCGCUAAGAGUUUACAAUGUGAACCUAUGCUUUUUGUCUUCCACAAUUUUGAGAUUUUCGGAAUUGACAACGAGGGUAAUGAGGACCUACGACUUUUGUCGUCUUUUCAAGCUCAAAUCCAGGAACUGUUUGCAAGAGAUCGUGACCAUCCUAUAAUCAUCGUUGCUUUAACCAAUGAGAGAAUUUUGAAGCCAAUGAUCCAACGAUUGUUCCUCGAAAUUGUCCACAUAGAAAUGCCUACUAAGGAAGAACGUUUUGAAAUUCUAAAGUGGUUGCACAUACGGGAGUGUUUCAACGAUGAAAUUUUCAAUCGUGGAAGCCUUGAGCGAAUUCCACUUUUUGCAAUGGAGUCUCGCGAACGUUUUUUGCGUGAAUUUUUCAAUUGGACAGAAGCAAAAUCGCUUCUAACGGAAGUUUCAGAGAAAUCACAAGGAUUUAUUUUGGGUGAUUUACAAUUGCUCUAUGACAAUGCAAUUCGAGACUUACGCAGAGAACCAAAACGAGCAGUUCUCAGUAUGCGGCAUUUUAAGAAGAACCUCACCGAAAUGCAAUCUUCAUUCGCAAAUAGUCUGGGAGCACCUAAAGUGCCUAAAGUUCUUUGGUCAGACAUUGGUGGUUUGGCGAAGAUUAAGGACGAAAUUCAGAGCAGCAUAGGUCUGCCACUAAAACAUGUUCAUUUGAUGGGCAAAAAUCUUCGAAGAUCCGGAAUCUUGUUAUAUGGCCCACCUGGAACUGGAAAGACGCUUGUCGCCAAGGCAGUGGCAACGGAAUGCAAUUUGAGUUUCUUAUCUGUCCAAGGACCAGAACUGCUCAAUAUGUACGUUGGUCAGAGUGAACAAAAUGUUAGGGAGGUAUUCUCUCGAGCACGAUCAACUGCACCUUGUGUGCUCUUCUUGGAUGAACUCGAUUCCUUAGCCCCUAAUAGAGGUGUUGCUGGUGAUUCCGGUGGUGUGAUGGAUCGCGUUGUAAGUCAAUUGUUGGCCGAAAUGGAUGGCAUGGGAGAUCCCUCUAAGCCAAUAUUUAUUUUGGCUGCUACAAACCGACCUGAUCUUAUUGAUCCAGCUUUAUUGCGACCAGGGCGCUUUGACAAGCUGUUCUAUGUCGGUCCGUGCACUUCAGCUGAAGAUAAGAUAUCUGUUCUCAAAGCUCAGACCAAGAAAUUCAAACUACCCAAGGACCUAGGAUUGGAUAGAAUCGUAGAUAUUUUGAAUGAGGACAUGUCGGGAGCAGAUUUGUACUCUAUAUGUUCUAACGCCUGGUUAUCGGCUGUUAGAAGAGCUAUUGAAGCAUAUCGUGAAAAAGAAGAGCAUGGUGAUGCAGAUGAUCUUUUGCCAGAAGAUGUUAUUGUUCGUAUGGAAGAUUUUGAGAGAUCAUACGAAAAAUAUAUACCUUCAAUAGCCAAAAAGGAUUUGGAGUAUUUCAACAGGUUGAAAUCAACUUACAGUGUUUGAUCCUUAAAUAUUUUAAGCUAAAUUAUAUUUAUUGAUGGUUUUUACAUAUUGACUUGAAUCUUUUCAUCCGGGUUUACUGAAAAUAUAUCUUUAUAUACGGAA